AUGUCGUUGAAGCGGAGGCUAAUCCGUGCCCCCGACACAGCAGCUGCACCAUUGGCGUUCGCACGGCGCCCCCAAGCGACCCUGCAACAUCACGGGCUCAGGCAAAAUCAGGAAGUGCCCUGCGCCGCCGACUUCAAAAUGGCCCACCAAUAUGGCGACAGCAAAUUUAUACCCCCGCCGCCCAAGCGCCCCAUGCUCGAUCCGGGCCCAUCGACGAGUAGUCAGGAGUUCAAUCUCGCAAAACCCGCAGAAGAUGAGGAAUUCGAGGGUCUGAUUGUCGAAGGAGAAAAUGGGCAGCUCUACGCGGCAUUUGAAGAUGACCCGAAGCACGACGGCAUUGAUAUGGAAGACGUUAAUACGAUAGAAAUCACUGAGGCCGACGGAAAGCACACGAUGACAAUAAUGGCGCUGAAGGGAGCCCACGCUGCGCUGGUUGAAGAAGGUGUAGACGACGAAGACGUGAUGCGACCGCAAGGGCUGAAGGGCAAAACGUCACAAGUUUUGAGAAGACAGGGCCAAUGUCGGUGUCCGGAAUGUGGUGACGUUUUUCUGAAUGCUGCUCGGCUUGAGCGACACUUGGCUGUGCAUCAGGUCUACGGCUCGUACCUCUGCCCGCUGUGCGGCAAAACCUACAAAUACGAAUAUAACCUGUUCCACCAUUGGCGACGGACAUGCCGAGAUUUGAACGAUUUACUAGGCGCCGAUGAGAACAGAAAGCAUAUGGACGUGAAUUCUCUACGCGCGCUUGUCGAUGACGUGGCCUCGAAAAAGGCUGAAAUUGGGCCGAUUGACAUCGGAAUAUCUCGAUCGCUGCUUUUCCAAAAUGGCCCAUUGACGAAGCUGGAGAUGCCGCAUAAUCCGCUAGGGCGUCGCGGGAUGACGUGUGCGGCUUGUGGCGUGAUGGUGCUCGCUUCGCAUAUGGCACGGCAUUUGAAGAUACAUCGCGGGCUGAUAAAUCCGGAUGAAAGGAGCGCGUGUGGCGGAUAUUUCUGCGACCUCUGUGGCUUGAUGUUCCGCCAGCACUUCAACCUGAUCAAGCAUUGGCGCACGGCAUGCCCGGAAAUUCAGGCCAACCUCCCCGAAAACGUCGAGCUGACCCUGGAUGAUCGUCAGCUCCAGAUCAUGGUCAAGGACCUGAUCCAAAAAGCGGCUACCACGGAGAUUGAGGACAGUGAUAUCCGGAAUGCCGGCAAGAAGCUGACCAAGGACGAAUUUCUGCGGGACGAGAUGUUAGAACCCGGUGCUAGCGGGGAAGAGCCGGUCGUUGAUGCGCGAUUUAUUGACGAGCAGGGCCUCGUUUUUGCCGACGAUUUCGUGGACGAGGAGCAGACGCUGGUCCGCCGGGUGGAGGACAAGGCAAAAUGGAGCAUGGAUACGCUGCCCGUCCAGUGCAGCCUGUGCUAUCGAACAUUCGCCAACAACGGGCGCCUCGAGCGGCAUCUCGCCGGCUUCCAUGCGUCCUACGGUGCGCAUCACUGCAUAUUGUGUGGAAAUCGGUUCAAAUACGACUACAAUCUUCUUUAUCACUACCGGAAGAGCUGCCCGUACACGCGGACGUUUAUCGACCAAGAUUUGCGAGAACGGAUGGAUGCGCCGGGGCUUCGAAAAAUCGUCCGUGGACUGUCGCAAAGACAGGUCAAAUUGACGCCGACGCUUGGGGUCGCCAGGUUAAGCUGCACUACGGCGAAACCGCCAUCGAUAAGCAACGACGAGCUCGUCCGUCGACAAAUGUUCCGCACCGUUGGCGGCUCGGGCUCACAGCCACCGCCCAUGAUGACCGUACAAAAGGCCGGCACUAAGGAGCCAGGCCAAGCGUGUCCUAUUUGCGGCAUAAUCUUCUACAGCGAGGCCGGCAUCGAUAUGCACAUGCGCCGCGCGCACGCGAUUACGCUGAAAGAGGCGCUCGCAGCGAGGGAGGCCAGCGAAUUUCGGCAGCUUAAUGAAGAGCUCGAGGACGAGGAGGACGAUGAAGAAGCCCCACCCACCCUCGAGCCGGAAGUCACGCCCGAAGAGGUGGCCAGCAUCGAAAAGUCGAAAGCGCAAGCCUCGGGCUCUCCAGAACCUGUUGACCAUGAGGACGUUGCGGCUACCACGAUAUUGCACAUCAAGAAGGCGGACGGGACGAUUUUGGAGGUCCGGAUCGAGGGCGCCUUCCACGAGUCCGACCUCCAGCGGCUGGCCGCCACCGGGGAGCUCGAUAUCCAGGAUGGGGAUCAGAUCAUGAUUGUGGGAGAAGCCGAGACGGUCGACGUCUCCGGUGAGUACAUCGAGGUCCACGAUGAGUAC